UAGACAUAGCGAUUAAGUCUUGAAAACAGCACAGCUAUCUGCUUCCAUGGAAAUUAAAUAACUGUAUGUACAUACCCUUCCCUAGUAAGAAGCCUGAAGUAAUCUUACAAGGUUCUACUUGCUGAGGAUGCCAAAAGGCACAGACAAGACACUACAGAAGGGACAUUAUGGCUAAAUCAGGAAGUGUGGCUGCUCUUGGAAAUGAAGAUGCUUCCAAUGUACCCAUUAGUGAGGUGCAGAAAACCACAGAGGGAACAUCUGGUCUGCAAACAGCAACACCUCCACUGCCCCAUGGGCUGGACCGGGAACCUACAUAUAACUGGCAGGCUACUAAGCGGUCCCUUAAAGAGAGGUUUGCUUUCCUCUUCAACAAUGAGCUGCUAAGUGAUGUGAAAUUUGUUGUGGGGAAGGGCAUGCAGGCCCAAAAGAUACCAUCCCACAAAUUUGUCUUGGCUACAGGGAGUGCUGUGUUUGAUGCAAUGUUUAAUGGUGGGAUGGCCACCACUUCGACAGAGAUUGACCUACCAGAUGUGGAGCCAUCAGCUUUCCUGGCACUUCUCAGAUUUCUUUACUCUGACGAAGUACAUAUUGGCCCAGAGACAGUGAUGACCACGCUAUACACUGCUAAGAAAUACGCUGUUCCAGCUCUGGAGGCUUACUGCGUGGAUUUCCUCACCAAGCAUCUUAGGGCGGAUAACGCCUUCCUGCUCCUCACUCAGGCUCGGCUUUUUGAUGAACCUCAGUUGGCUAAACUGUGUUUAGACACAAUUGACAAGAGCACAGCAGAUGCCAUAAGUGCAGACGGCUUUACUGAUAUAGAUAUUGAUACACUGCGUGCAGUCCUGGAGAGAGAUACACUUUGUAUUCGGGAGAGUUGUCUCUUUGGAGCAGCUGUACGCUGGGCUGAAGCUGAAUGCCAAAGACAGAAGAUUCCAGGUAGUGUCGAGAACAAAAUGAAGGUCCUGGGAAAAGCCAUAUCAUUAAUCCGCUUCCCACUGAUGACAGUUGAAGAGUUUGCUGCUGGUCCCGCCCAGUCUGGAAUUUUGUCAGAUCGGGAAGUGGUAAACCUCUUUCUGCAUUUUACAGUGAACCCUAAGCCUCGUGUAGACUACAUUGACCAGCCACGGUGCUGCCUCAGGGGAAAAGAAUGCAGCAUCGCUAGGUUCCAGCAAGUGGAGAGUCGCUGGGGCUACAGCGGAACAAGUGACAGGGUCAGAUUUACAGUAAGUAGAAGUAUAUCUAUAGUUGGUUUUGGACUUUAUGGCUCUAUACACGGACCCUCAGAUUACCAGGUCAAUAUACAGAUUAUUGAAUAUGAAAAGAAUCAAACAGUGGGACAGAACGAUACUGGAUUUAGCUGUGAUGGAACAGCUAACAUAUUUCGGGUUCGCUUCAAGGAGCCUGUAGAAAUCUUACCAGAUGUCUGCUACACAGCCAGUGCAACACUGAAGGGACCGGAUUCUCAUUACGGCACAAAAGGACUAAAGAAGGUGAUUCAUGAACUUCCAAUGUCCAGCCAGACGUGCUUUUAUUUCUUCAGUUCUCCUGGUAAUAACAAUGGCACUUCAGUGGAAGAUGGACAGAUACCAGAGAUAAUAUUCUACACAUGACAGUCUAUAUAUAAUAUGGCAUCUAAACCUUAAAUCUGUAAUAUUUUGUUGAUAUAUUAAAUAUACAUUUUAUUUUUA